AUGGACCCAGGGAACCUUACAGGAGUUUCAGAGUUUCUUCUUCUGGGAUUUUCAGAGGAACCAGAACUGCAGCCCCUCAUAUCCGGGCUAUUCCUCUCCAUGUACCUGAUCACUGUGUUUGGAAACCUGCUCCUCAUCCUGGCCGUCAGCUCUGACUCCCACCUCCACACCCCCAUGUACUUCUUCCUGGCCAACCUGUCCUUUGUAGACAUCUGCUUCACCUCCACCACCGUCCCCAAGAUGCUGUUGAAUAUACAGACAGAGAGAAAAGCCAUUACCUAUGCAGGCUGCAUCACCCAGAUGUAUUUUUUCCUACUCUUUGCAGGAUUGGACAACUACAUCCUGACCGUGAUGGCCUAUGACCGAUUUUUGGCCAUCUGUCACCCCCUGCACUACACGGUUAUCAUGAAUCCCCAGCUCUGCAGACUACUGGUUCUGAUGUCCUGGAUCAUGAGUGUCCUGCACUCCUUGUUACAGUGCUUAAUGGUGUUGCGGGUGUCCUUCUGCACAGUCUUGGAAAUCCCCCACUUUUUCUGUGAAAUUAAACAGUUGGUCCAACUUGCCUGUUCUGACACAUUUCUUAAUCAUAUGGUGAUGUAUUUUGGAGCUGGGCUGCUGGGUGGUGGUCCCCUUGCUGGGAUCCUUUACACUUACUCUAAGAUUGUUUCCACCAUUCUUGGAAUAUCAUCAACUCAGGGCAAGUAUAAAGCAUUUUCCACCUGCGCAUCUCACCUCUCAGUUGUCUCCUUAUUUUACUGUACGAGCCUAGGAGUGUACCUGAGCUCUGCUGCUCCCCAGAGCUCCCACGCAAGUGCAGUGGCCUCGGUGAUGUACACGGUGGUCACACCCAUGUUGAACCCCUUCAUCUACAGUCUGAGAAAUAAAGACAUAAAGAGGGCUCUGAAAAGAUUCUUUCCAAAAGAAACUAUCAAAAGGCCAUUGUCCUGGGGCUGA